AUGGUGGUUGUUUUCUUUUAUGUGCACUGUAUUUUUAACAUGCUUUUCUUUUCUAAUUUAGUGAUGUCAUGACGAUAGAAAAUAAAUAUAACUUUGGCCAUAAGACUCAAUUUGUAGGUUAAUAAAAAUCUUGAUCAACGGUUUAGAUAGGGCUUUGGUUGUCUAAAUUUGGACUCUGCUUAUUGAAUUAUGCAAACCAUCUUCUCCUGUGGAACAAAUUGCUGAAUAAAUUCAUGUGCUUAUGCUGUACCACAGGUAAUAAAGUGGAGAUGUCCAAAGCAAACCAUCCCUCCCAAUUCUGAUACUGGUUUCCAAAAGAAACUCCUCUAUCUAGAAUCCAUUGGCAUUGACUCUUUCUCCCUUAUUGAAAACCAUCCAAUGCUGAUCACUACCUCUCUUACAGACAUAAAAUCGACUGUGGAAUAUAUCACCUCCAUGGAUUUCACGGCAACCGAGUUCCGGCGUAUGGUUGGCAUGUGCCCGGAGAUUCUGACCACCAAUGUCUCUGACAUCAUACCGGUGUUCACCUUCCUUCAUCGCGAGGUACACGUGCAUUGUUCAGACAUCAAGCGGGUCAUAAAUCGGCGUCCCAGGUUGCUUGUCUGCAGUGUCAGUAAGCGACUUCGUCCUACCCUAUACUUCCUCCAAAGUAUUGGCAUAGAAGAGGUAAACAAGCAUACUGACUUGCUAUCAUGUAGUGUUGAAGAAAAGUUCAUGCCCAGAGUUGAUUACUUUGAGAAUAUUGGGUUUUCUCGCCGUGAUGCAACUUUAAUGUUUCGCAGAUUUCCUCAGCUGUUUUGUUAUAGUAUUAAAAAUAAUUUGGAGCCUAAAUACAGUUACUUUGUGGUGGAGAUGGGGAGAGAUUUGAAGGAGCUGAUAGAAUUUCCACAAUAUUUCUCAUUUAGCCUUGAGAAUAGAAUUAAGCCUAGGCAUAAAAAGUGUGUAGAAAUGGGGCUGUGUUUUCCUCUCCCUGCCUUGUUAAAAACAAAGGAAGUGAAAUUUCAAAGUAGAUUGGAAGUAUUUGUAAAUUCUUCAACACCCUUGAAAACAUCCCCUCUGUGGUGUGCUGGCUCUGAUUUUUAUCAAGUAUAGAAUAACACUUGCUUUGUACAUUUAA